CCAGCGAAGUAGGCCGUGCAGCUCAGGGUUUGCUGAGUGCUUGCCGCGGUGGGUGGUGAAUGCGAGCUAGAAGGUAGUGUCACCGCGAACGGGCGUGCUCAGGGAUGCUCGGGGAGGCUGGAGGCGCCUCCCGGGGCUAGGUGCGGAUUUGCGGGACUCGCGCGCGCGCGCACGCGCACGCGUUUCAAGCCUUCUGAGCUGGCUCGGCAGUAGUUGGAGCGCAGACCUUUGGGGUUCAAGCUGGAAAAGUUUUGUCUUGCUAGAGAGUGUACACUCACACAAAAAAAGCUACUCUGGUGCAAGCUAGGAUGAAACAGUUGCCUGCAGCAACAGUUCGCCUCCUGUCCAGUUCUCAGACAAUCACAUCAGUGGUCAGUGUUGUGAAAGAGCUUGUUGAAAACUCCUUGGAUGCCGGAGCUACCAGCAUUGAUGUUAGACUGGUGGCAGUUACAACAAGGACAGCUGCCGAUGACUUCAGCACUCAGUAUGUUUUAGACGGCAGUGGCCACAUACUUUCUCAGAAGCCUUCACAUCUUGGUCAAGGUACAACUGUAACUGCUCUAAAGUUGUUUAAGAAUCUACCUGUAAGAAAACAAUUUUACUCAACAGCUAAAAAGUGUAAAGAUGAACUAAAAAAUGUACAGGAUCUUCUCAUAAGCUACGGUGUCCUGAAACCUGACAUAAGGAUUAUUUUUGUACAUAAUAAGGCAGUUAUUUGGCAGAAAAGUAGAGUUCCAGAUCACAGGAUGGCUCUAAUGUCUGUUCUGGGAACUGCUGUGAUGGGCAACAUGGAAUCUGUUGAGCAGCGCUGUGAAGAAUCUCAGAUUUACCUAAGUGGAUUCUUCCCAAAGCAUGAUGCAGACCACAAGUCCACAAGUCUUUCAACCCCAGAGAGAAGUUUCAUCUUUAUUAAUAGUCGACCAGUACAUCAAAAAGAUAUACUAAAGUUAAUUCGACGCUAUUAUAAUCUGAAGUGCCUAAAGGAGUCUACCCGCUUGUAUCCCAUUUUCUUUCUGAAAAUUGAUGUUCCAUCAGCUGAGGUGGAUAUAAAUCUAACACCAGAUAAAAGUCAAGUGUUAUUACAAAAUAAGGAAUCUGUUUUAAUUGCUCUUGAAAAUCUGAUGAUGACCUGUUAUGGACCACUACCCACUACAGAGUCUUAUGAAAAUAACAGAGUAGAUGUUUCCUCAGCCAGCAUGGUUGUUAGUCAAACAGCAGAAACAGACGUGCUUUUUAAUAAAAUGGAAUCAUCUGGAAGUAAUUAUCCAAAUGCUGAUACUUCUGCUAUUCACUUCCAAAAGGAUGAAUCUAGAAAAAACAUUGAUCAUCAUUUAAAUGAACAGAUAAAUAUAGGCAAUUAUUGUGAUGAUCAUUUUAGUGGUGACAUUAAUAAGGACACAUUUCAAAAUAUCCCUAUGAAUAAUUUAUCAUCAGAGGCUAAUCAGAGUAAACACAGUAAAACUCAUUCUGUAGGUUCUAUUGAGCAUAUCCAAGGAGAAAAUGGCAGGAAUGGUACAGGAGGACGUGGUGGAGAUGGGAGGGAAGCACUUCCUGAGACAGCUCUGGAAAUCUGUGCAGAUGAUUGGAGCAAAGGAAAUGUAUGUAAUUCGAUGGGAGAGAAUAUCGAACCUGUGAAAAUUUUAGUGCCACAAAAGAGCUUAGCAUGUAAAGUGACCAAUAGUCACCCAAGCCUUGAACCAGCGAAUCUCAGUGAUGGUCCAUGUAGCAGAACAUCAAAUGUAAUCCAUAGCAGAUCUGGACAGCUUACAGCCUAUGACUUAAUUAGCAAUCGAGCAGUCAAGAAGCCCAUGUCGGCCAGUGCCCUGUUCAUUCAAGACCACCGUACUCAGUUCCUCACAGAGAAUCCCAAGACUGUUUUAGAGGAUGCGACAGAACAAAUUAAAGCACAAUGGGAGACACUGAGUGAAGAGGAAAAACACAAAUAUGAGGAAAAGGCUAAAAAGGACUUGGAACGAUACAAUAACCAAAUGAAGAAAGCUAUUGAGCAGGAGACACAAGUAUCAUUAAAAGACGGCAGGAAAAAGAUAAGGGGCUGGACACAGAAACAUAAGGUGAAAGAUUCAUCUAAUCAGCCAAAACUUGACGAGCUCUUUCAGUCCCAGAAUGAAAAGAAGAAGAGUGAAAAUAUUAAAAUGACAGAGAUCCCCUUUUCUAUGGAAAACUUAAAAGUGAACUUUAAGAAACAAAAGGAAGUUGAUUUAGAGGAGAAGGAUGAGAUAUGCCUGAUCCACAGUCUCAAGUUUCCUGAUGCAUGGCUGGUCACAUCCAGAGCAGAUGUCAUGUUACUGAACCCGUACAGAGUGGAGGAAGCCCUGCUAUUUAAAAGACUUCUUGAGAAUCAUAAACUCCGUGCAGAACCACUGGAAAAGCCAAUUAUAUUAACAGAGAGUCUUCUUAAUGGGUCUCAUUAUCUGGAGGUUUUACGUAAAAUGUCAACAGUUGAGGAAAGAGGCAGUGGAUCAGCUUACCUGUGUGACCCUCGUCUUACAGCAAAUGGCUUCAAGAUCAGAUUGACACCAGGAGUUUCCAGUACUGAGAACUACUUGGAAAUAGAAGGAAUGGCUCAGUGUCUCCCAUUCUAUGGAAUAAUGGAUUUAAAGGAAAUUCUUAAUGCUAUAGUAAACAAAAAUGCAAAGGAGAUUUAUGAAUGUAGACCUCGAAAAGUGAUAAAUUAUCUGGAGGGAGAAGCCGUCCGUCUAUCCAGACAGCUACCCAUGUACUUACCACGAGAGGAUGUCCAAGAUCUUAUCUAUAGAAUGAAGCACCAGUUUGGAAAAGAAAUUAAAGGCUGUGUUCAUGGCCGCCCAUUUUUUCAUCAUUUGACCCAUCUUCCAGGAACUUCAUGAUUAAGCUUAUGACCAUUAGUUACUAUGGAAAUUGCUAUGGUUCUUAAUCCACUU